UAUCGCCCAUGUAUUGUACCCAGUUACAGCUAUCAAGCCGUGCGACAUUCUUUCUUAGUCGUUUCAGUUUGAAUCGAACUUCUGUUUGAGAAGAUAUGACUAAAUCAUAGAUGAAUAAAACCAUGGCUUGCCACAUAAUUCUAAUGUGGAUUUACAUGUUAAUAUUAUGCGGAGCGCCCCUGUCUGAACAAGCUACACAUCCCAUCUCGAGAGCGUUGUUUAACACAACACCAAAUGCGACAGGAACGCAAAAUACUCCGUCAAACGCAACUAACACAAUAACAUCAACUAAAGCUUCAAGUUCCACGACGAGUGUGACGUCUAACUCAACAACGAAUGCAACAGAAACGCCAACACCACCAUUAACAACAACUACCAAUAUAACGUCCACUGACGGCAACCCAACAUCGACGAAUGCAUCAAACGCCUCUGCAUCGCAAACAGUUACGACUUCGACACCUCCAGCUUUAAGUUCCACGACAACAGCUUCGUCUAACUCAAUUAAGAUUGCAGGAGAAACGAUAGCACCACCAUCAACAGAAACUACUAAUAUAACGUCCACUGAAGCUUCAAGUUCCACGACGAGAACGUCGUCUAACUCAACAAACAAUACAACAGAAACGCCACCAUCACCCUCAACAGCAACUAUACAAAUAACGUCCAAAGCAGAUGAUACAGACUUUCAAGAAGCUGAUGUGUUCAUGACUGGACCAGAAGAUCCUACAAAAAGUGAUGAGGAUAGCGUAGAUGUCUAG